UUAGUAAUUAGUCGUUUUAGAAAAAAAUAAAGUUAUUUACUUUUUACUGUGGUAUACAAAUAUACAUAUUUUUACAUGUGUUGAACAUAUAGUGGUAGUAUGAGUGCGUACGACUACAAUCCAGACGUGUGCCUUCAAGUUAUCCAUAGGAUAGCGGAAGAAAUUCCCUCGGGCGUCAGUGGAAGAGACCUAAAGGCAAUAUAUCCGAAGAUUACAUUUUCUCAGGAACUUCUGGGUUAUAUAAAAAACACUAUAAUAACAGUUACAAAAAGGGUCAUUGACUGGAUGUGGAUUCAUUACAAUAUUCCAGAGAAAUUAAAAUAUUUAAGAGAGUUAGAAGCAAAAUCUCCAAAACAUGACGCAUGGAGGCCCAAAACGGGAGACGUAAACUUAAAUUCUAUCAAAGCCCGGAAUUUAUUGAAAAGAAAAAGGGAACUAAUUAAGCAAAUUGAACUAGUACGGGAAGAAUCUGAGAUGACAAUGCUAUACAUAAAAGCGUUUUCAGAACAAAGCAAAAAGCAACUGGAAGAAAUUAAUUUAACAAAAGAAAAAUACAAAACGAUAUAAAUUACAGUGACUCCUUUUGUGCCAUAAUAUUUGCAAUAAAUUUAUAUUAUUAAUUUUAACAAAAUUAGAUAUUUUUAUAAAAA